CCGCUGACCCGCUGGAUCGCUCCCUCGAAGAUGAUGCGCACCGUCGCCGGAGGACGGGGGCUGCUGCUGAGCGCCCUGCUGUGGUGCUUGGUCGCCGCCGGCAACCCAGAACUACCAACAGCUGUUAAUAUAACUUGGUCUUCAAUCAAUUUUAAAACUAUACUGCAGUGGCAACCAAAACCAUCAGGUUACCUCUACACAGUAGAAAUACACGGACAGACAUAUGACACCAAAAAAAAAUGUAUACUGACAGCAAAAACAGAGUGUGAUGUUACUGAUGUGCUCAGGAAUGUACAAGAGACCUAUACAGCACACAUACUGUCUGUAAUGUCCUCGGGGAUGGAUAACUUUGAAGAACCACCUUUUGCAGCCUCUGAAAAAUUUACACCUUACAGCCAGACUGUUCUUGGAAAACCGGAGAUAAAGAAUUACACACAAAAAGGUUCAAAGCUGACUGUUGUGUUCCAAGAUCCUCUUACACCAUAUAAAUUUCCUAAUGGAAGUUUUAAGAGUGUUCAAGAUUUUUUCCAACAUGACCUGGAAUACAAACUCUAUUACUGGAAAGAUCAAAGUUCUGGAAAGAAAGAUGCAACAACAAAAAGCCAUGAAUUUGAAGUCAGUGUUGACAGCACAAAGAACUAUUGCUUCUACAUACAGGGAAUCAUUCCCUCCCGCAGAGAAAACCGUAGUGGUCAAGAAAGCACAGUGGUUUGUACCAGUGUAGGAAGAGGCAUCUUGGAUGAAUAUGGAACAGAAGUCUUUAUCAUCAUAGCAGUGAUAGCAGUUGCAGUCAUCACUCUUGCCAUUGUCCUGCCAGUGAUCCUGUGUAAACGCAAGAAAGCAGAAGCUGCAAGAGAAAAAGAACCACUUAAUGGAGUCUAGGGAGAAAUCACCGUGGACACAAGUGGCAGUUCCAAAUCAAAUCAAACAAACAAACAAACACAACAAAACCCAUAAAUUAGGUAGUUGGGUGGAGCCUUUUAGCCUCUCUGAUACAGGAAUUUUGAAGCAUAAAUGUGGAUCAUCAAUCAUGUGGAUUCAGAAUUCAUUAAUCACAAAUGAAAAUUCCAAAUAUCAGGAAGCCCUGUGUCACUAGUGGCUGGAGGCUGGAAAAGUAUUCUGGUGAGCUGUUACCAUAUCCUAACCCUGCUAACAUACUCUUCCCAACCUCCUUCUUACUAUCUUGUCUGAAGCAGGGUUCUGAACUAGAUGUACCUUGAGUUGACCAGGUAUAGACAUUCUGAAAAUAUGGCCUUCCUGAGCCAGAAGGUUUAUGGUACUUGUUAGGGUAAAAAACACUACUUUUGAAAAAUAUGUAUCCUUCACCUAACUGAAAGGAACAUUUUCUGUUUCUAUGAAACAAAACCUGUAUUUGUCUGACUUUCUUUCAAGCUUAUUAACUGGUGAAAUGAUGUGCUAUUUUAGAUGUGACAAAGAUGCUACUAUUCUGUCUGCACUUUUUGGAUAAAAUUGACUUUGUCUAUUUACCUUUCGAUAUAGACAAAGGUAAAAAACCUGAAACUACUGCACUGGCAAGUGGUAGGGAGCACUCUUGAGGUAGGCAGCUGCUGUCAGUCUGGAAAGCGUAUCCGGAUUACACUACACCUAGAGUUAUACAGAAAGGGAAGUCUGAUGGUUCCAAGUAAGUGUUAGAACAAAUACUUUGCAAUUUUUGAGUCAGUAGUAACUCACUUUAUGAGAGCACUGAGUAGGUAGCAGUAUUUGCUGCAUUUUAAUCAUUAUUUUUAAUUAAGCUGUUGGUGAAUUAAUAGUUUACAUGGGAUAGAUUCCAAUCAGCUUGGUGAUGGGAUUUGGAGGUACCUGUUGGUUUGGCUAUUUGAAUAUUUAUUUUAUAAAGGAAAAUCUAAUUUUUAUACUGGUGUUAUCUGUAUUUAUAAUGGUAAUUUAUAUUUUUAUAGUAAAAUAAAGGUGACUGGGAAA